AUAUAAGUGUUCAGUUAGUCAUUGAGUAUCUUAUUUCCCAUGGCAAUGUUUGUAAAAUUUGUUGUCUGUACAUGCUUAGAUUUUGUAGCUAUUUUCAACAGAAUUUGUUUAACAGCUUUUAUGGUGCGUCAAGAGGGUUGCUCACGCUGCUGGUCCAGUUUUAUCUCACGGAUAAGGAUGCGGACCCGGUCAGAAUCUGCGGGGACGGUCAGUCUCAGUGGGGGCUACCAGCCGGAUCAAAACGGGAAAACUACCGGUGGAAAACGGUUUAAAAUCCGAAAUUUAUGGGGAGGUCACAGAUCCCAGGCUCAGGCUGAUGUGAACACAACUGUGCCGGAUGGACGCACCUCUCCCAAGGAAGAUGAGCCGAAAAUCGUGGUCCCCACAUUUGAGGCAAUCCUAGGGGCAGAAGAUAUGCAAAACUUGCAUGAGGCCAGUCAACAGCUGAUAGUGAGAGAGGAGCGUCUGUUUGGGGGGAUAAUGGAGACCGAUUCCCUUAAAAACCACAAAAAAGAAGAAGACAAGCUGGCUGAAGACUACACAAACCUGAAAGGCCUUGUCCUGAAGACCUUGAGACUAUCUCUGAGCCCAGGAGAGGUCAGUGUGGAGGCCUUGACUUCUGCUGUGAAGGCCAUAAACCAGGAGGUGGAGCAGAGCCAGCAGUGGAAAAAGAGAAAUCAACAAACACCUGCUUGGAGGCAAGACGACUGGAAGAAGCUCCACGACUUGACACUUCGCAGCCUGGUUGAGGAUCGCAUGGACAACCCCAUCACUCCUCCUGCUGAUCAGGAGGGAAAGUCAUCUUUCCAGGCAGAUGUGAACAGCAUGGGGAGGCAGCUGAAGGAGGACCUGCUGCUGGUGGUGAAAGUGGUGAAGAGAUGCUACCCUCCUGAGGAGGACAUCUGUAACUUCUACGCCAAGUUGUACCACCAGAUGUUCAGCUCUAGACUUCGAAAAAUUGCAGACUUUGGACUGGAGGACAAAGACUGCACCUUCCUUCUGCGCUGGGUGAAUGAGUAUUAUCCAGAAAUCCUUCAAAAGCCAGAGCUGUCUUGUGAAAUCAGCGCUGAGGUUUUGGGAAAGCUGCUGCCAAAGGAGUUACUGGAACCUCUGGAGGAACAAUACUUGAGCAAACAGCAGGAUGAGCUGAAGACUUACAUCGUCCGUGUCUUGGAUGAAGCAGAGCAGAAAUGGACAAAAGGAGAGGAGCCAACGAUGGAGGACGGCUGCUUUGUCAGUCAUGUAGCCUAUGACAUCAUCCAGCUAAUACAUGGCAUGAUGUCUUCAGCUGAAAAGAUAAUGGGAGAUGUGCACAAGGCCCAGAUCAUAACAUGCCAGCUGAAGGAUUUGAUGCAGAGUUUCCAGAUCUUCCACAACAACAUCAUGAAGCAAAACAAACCAAACAGCCGGCAGUUCAUCAAGGCAAACCUCUGCUGCAUCGAACAGUUCAUGGAGCUUCUCAGUAAAAAGCGCCAUCUGUUCCAGGAAGAUGUGCGGACAAAGUGUUUGCAGGUUCUGGCUCACAUGAAGGAAUCUGCCCACACAUAUUUACUGAAGCCUGUGCAUGAUGUCCUGAAGUCAAAGUACAGCCAGCUGGGAACCAGUGAGUGGUUGAAGAAGCCUGCUACGUUUGAGAAGCUGCUGGACAGCAUUGAAAAGGAGCUUCAAGAUCUACAGGGUUCUGUUCAGUCCUGUCAUGAGGCACUGAUUGGUCAGCUGCACCGGGAAGUGACAGUGGAAUAUGUGAGGAGGCUCCUUAAAGGAAAAGUCAAACUAAAGGACAAGGAGCAGCAGCAUAGUGCGUACCAGACAAUCAAAGACAACACCGACAGUUUUCAAGAUUUAUUUGGAAAAAUGGGAUCAAAGGAGGAUUGGUUAAAUGAAAUACUGACCAAGAUUGCAGAAGUGGUGAAACUCCAAGAACUCCCGUCCAUUCAGAUGGAAGUGGUAUCGCUUGGAACCACAUUUCCUGACCUCAGUGAGAAACAUGUUUCAGCCCUGCUCAAGCUCAAGACAAACAUCUCAAGAGCGGAAAGGAAAAUGGUCAAAGAAACUCUGACUGAUAACCGAGCAGAAAUCGACUCUGUCAUCACUCGACCAUUUUUCAAUAAAAUUCAGGUGAAAUAAGAGCCAUACACUCCCUGUUACAUUCACUUCUCUCCAGUUGAACCUGUGUACAGGUUCUAAGAUUGAACCUGUCCAUUUGUUUGUAUUAAGAUUAGUAAUUAGAUGUGAAUGAUGAGCUGCAUACUGGUACUUUCAGUUCAUGCCAUAGGAUCCAUUUGAGUUACUGUAAAUGUAUAAGCUAUAGUCCACGUUGCAGGUCAACCCUGUGCUUUAGCUGCUUAAAGAUCACAUUAGGUGGUUUAGAUGUGUAGCUUUUUAGUUGUCUUUUUGUGAGAAUGUAUGACCAGAUCAAUGUUUGUCAGUGAUGUUCUCUGUGUAAGCUUUCAUUUCUAAUCAGUAUUAUAGUUUUUAUUUUUUGUAAUAUUAUAUGCAAUAAUGAGAGAUCUUCAGCUGUAAUUGUACAGUUUUGUAUUUUUAUGUUAUCUGAUGUACAGAUUGUUGUUAAGAGUAUUAUGUGUAACUUAAGUUUUUUUUAAUAAAUGAAUCAAAAUCC